CCUGCUUCUAUCGUGUCCUCUCUUGCACGUUUUACGCUCAGCCCACCCUCCCAAUUCAGUUAGUUGUAAAGAAAAAAAUUAAAGCAAUUACACAGGCCUCGCCGCCCCCCCACCUUCCGCCUUCACCUCUCCUCUCCUCUCCUCUUUCUCCCCCCUCUUUUGCAAAUAACUACCGCCGCCUUCGUUCUCCACAUGCGGCAUCGGAGCCCUGGGCCGCGGCGUACCGGCUCCAGCCAUGUCGGCGAGGAACACAGCGGCUGGCGGCGGUGACGGAGCGACGGGGGAAAACACAGGAGAUGCGCUGGAGGAAGAGCCUCAGGGUCUCUCUGCGUCUCUAUCUGGUUUGAUGACCCCCACAUCAGCCUCAAGCCUCAUGGAGCUGCCCAGGAAGAGGAAAGGCAGCAUGGACAACCCGGAAAUGAAAUCUGCAUCAAAUCUAGAUGAGGAUAUGGAUGACGAUCCGGGAAGAUCGGAAGAUGACCAGCACUUAAAAAUUAAGUGCAUCAGGGAACCUCAUAGUCAGAUUGAAAAGCGAAGGAGAGAUAAGAUGAAUAACUUGAUCGACGAGUUGGCAGCGAUGAUUCCCACCUGUAACCCAAUGUCCCGCAAACUCGACAAACUCACUGUGCUACGAAUGGCUGUCCAGCACCUCAAAUCACUCAAAGGAGCAACCAGCUCUUUUGCAGAAGCCAAUUACAAACCUGCAUUCCUGCCAGAUGAUGAACUCAAGCAUCUCGUCCUGAGGGCAGCGGAUGGAUUUCUUUUUGUGGUUGGAUGUGAUCGUGGAAAAAUAGUCUUUGUCUCAGAAUCGGUUUCAAAAAUCCUGAACUACAGUCGGACGGAGUUAAUUGGACAGAGUCUGUUUGAUUAUGUUCAUCCAAAGGACAUUGGGAAAGUGAAGGAACAGCUGUCUGCCUCUGAACUUUACCCACGCGAGCGCCUCAUAGACGCCAAAACGGGGUUGCAGGUGCAGGCUGAGCUCCCCGUUGGAUCGGCUCGGCUUUGCUCUGGAGCCCGGCGCUCGUUCUUCUGCCGAAUGAAGUACAACAAAAUUACUGUAAAAGAGGAGAAGGACUUCCAGGCUGGUGCAUCUAAAAAGAAAGAGUCGCAGCGGUACUGCACUGUCCACUGCACGGGCUACAUGCGCACCUGGCCUACACGUCAGCUGGCCACCGAGGGGGAGGCCGAGGCGGAUAAAGAGAGCUCCCACUUCAGCUGUCUGGUAGCGAUGGGCCGAGUUCACCCGCACACUCUCCCGCAGGCCAACGGAGAGAUCAAGGUCAAACCCACUGAGUUCGUCACCCGCUACGCCAUGGAUGGCAAAUUUACCUUUGUGGAUCAACGAGCCACCACUAUUCUGGGUUAUUUACCUCAGGAGCUGCUGGGAACAUCCUGCUAUGAAUACUUCCACCUGGACGACCUGCCGCACCUGGCUGAAAGACAUAGAAAAGUUCUGAGGAGUAAAGAAAAGAUUGAGACAAACUGCUACAAGUUCAAAACAAAAUAUGGCUCUUUUGUCACCUUACAAAGUCAGUGGUUUAGUUUUAUAAAUCCCUGGACCAAAGAAGUAGAAUACAUCGUGUCAACCAACACUGUUAUAUCCGGUAAAAGUAAUCCAGGUGGAUCAGGGGAUAAAGCAGAGCAGCCGAGCAGCUCCAAGGCCUCGGAAGAUGAUGCCAAGAAAUCCCAACAAGUUCCAAUCAUCCCAGGGAUCUCCAGUGCAUCCGGCAUGAUUUACGCAGGGUGCAUAGGGACCCAAAUCGCUAACGAGAUAAUGGACUAUAAUAGGAUGAACUCGUCACCAUCCAGCGGCAAUACCAGUCCGUUCAGUUUACUGCAAGACAAGUCUCCACUGGCCCUUGCGCAGGCCAGCAGCAAUGUGCCAAAUGGGGAAGCAACAGACGUGGAGAUGCCUGGCAAAUCAAGCUCUGAGGAAGAAGUGCGGGGCGGACCCUUCUCAGCCGGGGAAAAUCUCAUGGAGGGGAGCUCUCAGCUGGAUCUGGAGGGGGUUCCUGGUCUGGGCGCUCUGAGCACUGAUGAAGCAGCCAUGGCCGUCAUUAUGAGCUUACUGGAGACCGAUGCCAACCUAGGUGAAGCCGUGAACUUUGACGAGAUGCACUGGUCUCUCUGAACACACAGCCAUCUUACCUGGAGCUUUUUUCAAAUGAACCAUCCAGUCAUUUUCACAGGGCAGCAAGCCUUUGACAGUUAUCUGACUUUUGUGUUUUUAAUUUAUUAGUGUUUUUAAUGCGUCUGGACAAGCUGCGAGGCAGGUUAUCUGAAGGCUGCUCCGGGUAAAGGGGUUUCUCUGAAUACCUUAAUCUGAGUUCCUUAAGCAACAGGACCAGGUUUUAUAUGGUCUGGUGUGCAUUUCUUCAGCUCAGCUCUGAGGUCACUUCUACCCCUUUGGCAUGAGUGAGGGACGUUCUUGAUCUGUUUUAUGAAACAUGCCUCAGCCAAGCCAUAAGGCAAGAACCCAAAUGCUCCGCUGUGAAUCAGUGGCGUGAGGAUUUUAAAGCUGUUUCUUUAGUCAAUCAACACUUGAACUGUUCAUGGAUGCUUUGAGGCAUAGUUGGACUGUUUUUCUUUUUUAUAUAUAUAUAUAUAUAUAAAUGUCAUGGGUUUCCUUUGGAAAGGGAACCCUUGUAGUUAUUUUACCCUUUUAGAGCAGAAAUCGUCUUGAAUUUAAUGUUUUAUGAUGAACGAGAGCGGAACAACAGGGAGGGUUUUGAUAAGCGCUUGUCAACCAGAAUUACUUGAAAUGACUAUGUGGAAAAAUCAGAAAAUUUGAGGAUCACCGUUAGGCCUGAUGUUUGUUUUGUUUUUCCUCUUUAGUCUUCAGACCUGUGUGUAAAUGUGUGCUUUUCCCUCAGACCUUUGUCUGUAUUGCCAGACUGAUCUGCUCUUAAAAAGGCGAUAUUUCUGAAGUUCACAGGGCCUGGGACAACAUACUUGGCUGUUGCACCCAACAUUGGCACUUAGUUUUACGUAGAAUUUGAUCUGCUGAAGCCGGAGAUAAGCAACAGGUAAAAUGAUGAUCGAAACUCUGGGCAAAGUUGUCCAUUAAUAAGGGCAGGGUCUCUCAGGGAACAAUUCAUGAAACCCCUUCUCAAAAUCCUUAAUUGGAUUAGCCAAGUACCACUUUGUCUUGAGGACAUAAACAUUGUUCAAAGACAAAGACAUGCUUAUGUGAUCAGCAUUUGAUAUGUGAUUGUUGUUUUGGAAUUACAGCUAUGGAUGAAAAAGAGACCACUUAAAAUUCGCAAUGUCUCUGCAUUCAUUAGCUAUGGGUUUGAGUAAAAUGUUAAUGUUUAUUUUAUUCUAUAAAUGUCUGAUAACAAUUCCUCAUUUUCAAAUAAAUCAAAGUUGUUUUAGAUAUUUUUAAGCCACAUGUACAGAAUAACAAAUGGCAAAAUAUAGGUUCCUCCAUUUGUUGGUUGUUCUACCAACUAUUGAUUUCUUGACUCAUCUGAAUUUAAAACAUUGAAUAUAAACAUGUCCGAAAACCUCAAAAACACUUCCUGUAUAUCAUGCACAAAAAUAGCUUUAAAUAACAGAUUAUUUUAAAUUAGGAAGUCAUUAAAAUUUACAGUCUAAAACAAAUGAUAUUUUACUCAAAAACAUAACUAUUAAGGCUUAUGCACACCAGGAUGAGUUUUGCUUGUGAUUAUUGCUGAUGCUUAAUGGUUUAUGACUAAACAAAAGGUGUUGUGCAAAAAAUGUGCAAAACGGCACACAUAAAGCAGCAUUCUUUGGUUCGACGCUCUAAGUUAAAAACUGCCCAACCAAUAAGUUUGUUGGAUUUGUUUACAUGCCUUCAGCUGCUGAAGUUACCGUAAAACACAACUUGGUGGCCCUCAAGUAUAAAACUGUAGCCGAGCACAGAGAAAUUGCAGAUCAAAUGGGAUUCGAUGAUCAUUUUUAUUUCACUUCAUUUACUUUCUCCCGCACUUUUGACCAAGAGUUUGUGUGCUGUAGUGGAGGAGGCUAAACAGAAGUAGAAAAGUUAAUGGCAAGUUCAGACUGCACGAUUUUCAAAGUAGUUGUGUCACAGAUGUUUUCACACUGCAUGACUAUUUAGGCUAGUGUUCAGUCGCUGCUGUAUUUACACUGCAAGAUGGAUUGGCGAGAGGGUUUCACACUGCAUGACUUUACAGUAGGAGAAUUGCCAACAACUUUGUCUUGGUCCACAAACUACGUCUCACAACCAAACACAUACUAGAAGUGACAUGAAAACAACACCAGGUCACGUAGUAUUUAUUUUGUUAUUAACUACAUUGUUAAAGAAGCCUUUAGUGGGGUAGAAAAUGUGCUUAUUUUGCUCACCUGGGUCUUAAAAGGAAUUAGCAACUUUUCUUCAACCACCCGGUUGUGUUAUUGCUCAGAUGACACGUCAAACAGACAUGGGUGCUCCUGCCAAAUUUAGACUUUUUCCUCUAUUUCUUGAGUCCAAAUAGACUGAAAAUAAGCCCUUUAACUUCUCUCCCAACCUCCCACUGGCCUGCAGAUACCCGUACUUGUGGAUGCUGCUCUUUCAUUGGCUGUAGGUAAUCGUCGAUGUUGUUUACAAUCAGAACACAUUUCACACGGCAUUAUUUGAAUCAACGACAGGUCCAGAUAUUUAGCAUGCCAAGUAUCUCAUGGGUGCCGAUUCUCCCAGAUUGCAUCUUUGAUUGUUUACACUGUGUGAUUGUUACUCGCGUGAACGAGCACCGAUUUGCCUGUGAUUUCAGGCAGUUGCCUGCUAUUUCUCAAAUCUAGAAGGCCAGUCAAAAUCGGGGGCUAAAAUCAUGCAGUCUGAACUCUGCAUAACACGAGGAUAAGAAGUGAAGAAGCGUAAAGUUGCGCAGCACCACCUUGUGUACUGCAGCAUUUCUGUUUUUCAUUAAAUGCCAUCUAGUGUCAGGGAGUGAUAUUGAACGUGUUCAAUCACUUUGGUAUGAAUGAAAAACAUUCUGACGAUAAGCAUGAGUGAAAAUUGUGCUGGUGUGAGUCUUAAUUCAUAAAUCCAGAGAAACUGAGAAUUUUCAUUUGGUCUCUUUUUGUACCACAGCUGUUUUUCGAAGACACGUAGUCAUGUUUUGUAAAAAAAAAAAAAAAAAAAACGAGCUCAUUGUUUUACAAAAACAUGCUGUAAGUUUCAGAACACAAAACUUCCUAGUCAAAACAAACAAAAACAAAAACAAAACAAAAGACCCUUUGCAGAAGACCCCACCAACCGAUUCAUGCAUGUGUCGUAUUGUAUAUCUUGAUGCAAACACAAGAUAACUGAAGCCACAAAACAAGAGUGUUUCCUUUAAGGGGUACAACAUGUUGUGCAAAACUGUGGAAAAGUGUCUUUGCAUUGCCUUCCUUAUCGCCUACUGUGUUUUUGAAUACUAUGAAUUCGGAUGUGCUACUCAGCUCAUGUAGGUCUGCUGUUUUCCUCAUACUAUAUAGUAGGGAAGCAUGUGAUUUCAGACGCACCGAGCUUGAAGACCUUGAUUAUCUGGUGUUUUAUUAGAGCAGGACAGUGUCAUCAGAAACAGAUUGGACACCCAUUUUAUAUGUGACCUUUGGAGAACAUUUUAAAAAUACAACACAUCGCAGUACAUGAUCCCUUUAUCUCUACUCUUAAAAAAAAACUUAAUCACUUUAUCAGAUUAAAACUGAACAAUAGAGUAGUGAGAUUCACACAUUUGUCUUGAAGAGGAUUAAUACAAAUCCUGCCGUGAUUGCAACCAACUUUUAAAAGUAGAAUUCACCCCAAAAAGAACAGUCUCUCAUCAUUUACUCACCCUCAUGUCUUUCCAAACCUCUAUGACAUGGGUCUUAAACUCAACUCCUGGAGGGCCACAGCUCUGCACAGUUUUGCUCCAACCCUAUUAAACACAGCUGAUCCAACCAAUGAAGGUGUUUGUGACUCUUUUGAACACUCGAUUAUUUGGAUCAGCUGGGUUUGAUGGGGCUGGAGCAAAACUCUGCAGAGCUGCAGUCCUCCAGGAAUUGAGUUUGAGACCUAUGCUUAAUGAGUUUCUUACAUUCAACACAAAUGGAGAUCAGCGCAGUUGUGUAGUUUGUUCAAGCCAUUAGGAAGACAUGAAAUCAGUGAGGUUUAGAGCAACACGAGAAUGAAAAUAAUGAAAAUGAGUGUUUUCAUUAACGCAAGAUGCCUAAUAACGUGUUUUUACAAUUUUAAAUUGUAUUAAUCUUUAAAUAUAUAAACAAAAACUGUCCGCUGUAGUUUUUAGACUCUAUUUUUGAACAUGACACCUCUUUUUGAGCAACUUUUCUGUUAAAAUGAGAGGUUUGCUCUUAAACACCCUUUAUUGUAAUAAUUCCCUAUUUUUAUGUAUUAUAAAUGAGGUCUUAUUUGCAUAUGUAAGUACUUGGGAUACUGAUCCUUCUUUUUAAUCUUUUUUUCUUUCUUUCACUAAUAAGUAUUUGACACUAACAAAUGCUUUCCAAAAGAGUCCGGGUAAACCUUCAGCUCAGUGAUUUCACAUUUCGGCAUGGCUGUGUGUCCACAUUUUGCACAUCUUCUUCCAAACUUCUGCUUCCCUUGUUAGCGUUGACCUUUCAUUCAGUCGGUCUGCAUAGAGAACUAUGUUUCUGUGAUGGUGCACACGUGCCACAUGAGACUCUUGGCCUUGCCUGAUGAAAACGACAGAUUAUACCAAAGCAAGUUGGCCGCAGACAGAUUUUUCAAGUUCCCGUAAUGCUCAGCCGCCCUGUGUGCUGUCGGAUGUCCUGUAAUUCUGUGACUGUAGUCUGAGCUGCUUUUUUAAAUCGAAAGAAAAUAUGUUUUCAUAUCAUUGUCUACUCUGUCACAUGCUGCCAAGAGCAUACUUGAAGGGAGGAACCCACCUGCCCCAAUCCAAUUUAAGUCAAAUACUGUUUUUGUUGUUAAAGUCUGGACCUUGAAGUCUUGCCAUGGUCCAGUGCUCAUCCAAGGCUUGGCUUAACAAAUGUACCAAUUACAGGUGUUUCCUUAAAGGAUCAGUUCACCGCAAAAUGACAUUUAUUCAUUCUCAUGUUUGUUCGAUCCCAUUAGAAAUGUGUUCUUUUUCCAAAUGGAGAUAUUUUUAAUAAAACCUGAGAGAUUUCAGUU